UUUGGUUUGGUUAUGAGUUAUGAUUUCACGUUUUAUUUUGGUUUGGUUUUGAUCUUUGAUUUAGGUUCGGUUUUAAGGUUUAAUUUUUGUUUGAUCUCAGGUUUGAUUUGGUGUCUAUGGCAACGGUGAUGGUUGUAAGUGGUGGUCGAAGCUUCAGUUAAAAACAAGACUUGGAUAAAGAGCCAAGAUGGCAUCAUUUGUUUUCCCUGAAAAAGGAAAUCCGCCACGUAUGUGCCAGCAAUGAACAUUCAUGGAGGAAAAGGAUCGAAAACCACAACGUGGCGAGAACAGGGGAAUCCGGCAAUGUUGCUGACACUGAAAACAACGAGCUACGUGUUACAUCUUCCUUCCGAUUUUCAUCAUCCACUCGUUCUUCAGUCCCUAUAUGAAUAAAGCAAGAAAUCGGGAGGGAAAUGGUUUAAUUAGAGUUUCUCAGUAUUGAAGAAUCAAUGGCGCAAUCAACAUUGAGAGCAAAGGAAGAUGUACAAUCGUUUGUAUUGUUGAGUGGACACAGAAUUCCCGCCGUUGGAUUAGGGACAUGGAGAUCGGGUUCCCAAGCUUCCGAUUCCGUCGCCACCGCUAUUCUCGAGGCUGGUUAUCGACACAUUGAUACAGCAUGGGAGUAUGGCGUUCACGAAGAGGUAGGGCAUGGUCUCAAGGCAGCCAUAGAUGCAGGAAUCGAGAGGAAGGAUCUGUUCAUCACAUCCAAGCUAUGGUGUCAUGAUUUGUCUCCGGAAAGGGUUCGUCCAGCAUUGUUGAACACACUUCAAGAGCUUCAGCUCGACUACCUUGAUCUUUAUCUGAUCCAUUGGCCAUUUCGUCUUAAAGAAGGAGCCAGUAGCCCUCCCAAAGCAGGAGAUAUCUUGAACUUCGACAUGGAAGGUGUUUGGAGAGAAAUGGAGAAGCUAAAAACACAAAACCUUGUUCGAGACAUCGGAAUCAGCAAUUUCACAUUAAAAAAACUCAACAAAUUAACUGGAUUUGCACAAACAAUGCCUUCCGUGUGCCAGAUGGAGAUGCAUCCAGGAUGGAGGAAUGACAAAAUGCUGGAAGCAUGCAAGAAGAAUGGAAUCCAUGUCACUGCAUACUCCCCAUUGGGUUCACAAGACAACGGACGAGAUCUGAUCCAUGAUCCAACGGUGGAGAAGAUAGCAGGGAAGUUAAACAAGAGCCCAGGGCAAGUGCUUAUAGGAUCAAGGAAAACAUGCAGGUCUUCGAUUGGGGCAAUUCCUGAACAGGAUUUCAAUGUUCUUAGCAGCAUCUCGGAUCAGAAGCGAGUUUUGCAUGGUGAAGAUUUGUUUGUGAACAAGAACGAUGGACCAUUUCGGAGUGUAGCGGAUGUAUGGGAUCAUGAAGACUAAUCCAUAUUCCAUGAUGUGAUGUGAAGUUGAAUCUUGAAUGUAAUAUAAUAUAUAGUAAUAUAGACAUAGUAUGUUUGUGAGUUGUAAUAUAUUUUAGUUGCUUGUUAUAUUAGUUAUUACAUAAUAAAAGUAGAUCAACAAAUUGUAUGGUAUGUGUAUGGAAUACGUAUACACACACAUACCUAAAUUAACUUGAAAGACAAUUCACAAGAUGCAUGACUUUUGCUUUAGCUUUCCUAACUAAAAACCAU